UGUCAGCUGUGUUGAAGGUGGCGUAGCUGAAAUUAAACUAUAAAAUCGUGGCUAUUUUUCGCGAAACAUAAGACAUUAUGGUAAAAGAAAAUAAUUCCAAAAAAACCUUAGACCUAGAUGAAGUGCUAACAAAUGAGUUGGGAGAAUUCGGAAAGUUUCAAAUUGUAAACCUCCUUCUAGUUUGCUUUCCACUUCUGGUUGCAGCAUUUCCGAGUGAUUACAUUUUCAGUGUUGCUGCAAUUCCACAUCGAUGUCGUAUACCCGAAUGCGGAGAGGAGAAUAAACAACAAUUUUUUAGCCCUGAUUGGAUUUCAAAUGCGAUACCAGAAAGCGGUUCAGGAUUAGCAAGUUGCGAAAGGUUUCUUCCACAUUCGAUAUUCGACCACAAUCAAACUGUGGGUUGUGACGAUUUUGUGUAUGCAAGAGAUAAUUCAGCCGUGUAUGAUUUCAAUCUGGGUUGUCAAGAAUGGUUAAGAGUUUUGGUGGGCACCCUCGGCAAUGUUGGUACUCUGCUGGUUCUUCCAUUCACUGGGUUCAUAUCAGAUCGGUUUGGGCGCAGACUGGCUUUAGUGAUCAGUGCCUUUAAUAUUGCACUAUUUGGCUUAAUCCGAGCUUUUUCAACGAGCUAUACAAUGCUAAUAAUUACCCAAAUUAUACAAACAACACUAGGAGGAGGAAUUUAUAGCUCAGCCUAUAUAUACGGUGCAGAACUUGUAGGACCUAAUUAUCGGGUAUCUGCUACCACGGUGAUAGGUCUCUUGUUUUCUGUAGGACUCGUAUUGCUUGGAAUGUUGGCAUGGGUCAUUCAACAGUGGCGCAUCCUUUUGAUGGUUCUUUAUAUUCCGCCUUUUCUUUUAAUUAGUUACUACUGGCUUCUGCCAGAGAGUGUUCGAUGGUUAAUUUCGAAAAAAAAGUUUCUAGACGCCAGAAAAGUUUUAGAGAACGUUGCCAGAAUAAACAAAACUAAAAUAAGUGAAGAGUCCUUAAAAGCUUUAUUAGACUCACCACAAUCCGUUGCUGCUGAGAACGACAAUAUAGGCGUGUUUCUAAAGGUGAUCCGAUCUCGUGUCUUACUACAACGAGGUUGUACUACCCCAAUCUGGUGGAUCACAGCAACAUUCGUGUACUAUGGACUAUCCAUUAACUCGACAAGUUUGUCUGAUACGAUGUACUUGAAUUAUAUUUUAACUAUGACUUCCAUUGAACUCCCAGGUGGCAUUUGUGUAAUUUUUGCUUUAAAUUGGUGGGGCAGAAAAAAAACGCUAUUCCUGGGGUAUAUUCUCUGCGGUAUAUGCAAUAUUGUUUUUGUCUUUGUUCCAACCGAUAUGUAUGUCUUGCGACUUAUAAUUUAUCUCUUGGGUAAAUUCUGUAUAUCAGCUGUACUGGCGGCUGUAUAUCUUUACACGUCAGAAUUGUAUCCAACAGAAUAUCGGCACACUUUACUUGCCUUCUCGUCUAUGAUAGGUCGGCUUGGAUCUAUUCUAGCGCCUCUCACCCCUGUACUUUCACUGUAUUGGCAUGGCAUACCCUCGCUUAUGUUUGGAGUGAUGGGUCUGAUAUCUGGUCUGCUGGUUUUAACUCAGCCAGAAACACAAAACACCCGGCUACCUGACACGCUGGCGGAAGCCGAGGCUCUUGGUACAGAAACAAAAAUAUCUUGACCGUAUCACUGACACAAUCUCUUAAUUUAACUUAUAAUUUAUAAUCAAUAAGAUUUA